CGUAAAAUCCUCUCUCUCUCUCUCUCUCUCUCUCUCUCUGUAAAUUUGAUCUUCCGGUGAAGGAAAGAUCAGUUGAAGGGUGGGUUCGUUGUAUAUCCAUCUGCUGGCCUGCUUUGGUUCCUUUUGGAAAUCAUCACCCUGGUGCUCCAAUUCCAGUUGCUUCCCUCUCACUCUGCUUUACUACUCUACUCUUUCUAAGGUAUGGCAUCAUCUGAUAAGCCAGAGACAGUUGAAAGGGAAACAAAGGAGAAAAAGCACGAGGAAGGUGACAAAGAUGAAGGGAAGGGUGGAUUUAUUGAAAAGAUAAAGGAUUUUAUUCAUGACAUUGGUGAGAAGAUUGAGGAAACAGUUGGAUUUGGCAAACCUACUGCUGAUGUUACAGGGAUUCACCUUCCUUGUAUUAAUCUCGAGAGGGCAGAUGUAGUUGUUGACGUCCUUGUGAAAAAUCCGAAUCCAAUUCCAAUUCCUCUUAUCGACAUAAACUACUUAAUCGAUAGCGAUGGGAGGAAACUGGUUUCUGGGUUGAUCCCUGAUGCUGGGACUAUCCAUGCUCACGGUUCAGAGACGGUCAAGAUACCACUUAGUUUGGUAUUUGAUGACAUUAAAAAUACAUAUGAUGAUAUAAAGCCUGGAAGUAUCAUUCCUUACAGGCUCAAGGUUGACCUCCUAGUUGAUGUGCCAGUUUUUGGAAGGUUGACUCUGCCACUUGAGAAAACAGGAGAGAUCCCUAUCCCAUACAAGCCUGACAUUGAUGUUGAAAAAAUACAUUUUCAGCGAUUCUCUUUCGAAGAAACUGUUGCACUUCUUCAUUUGAAACUGGAAAAUAAGAAUGACUUCGAUUUGGCCCUUAAUUCUCUAGACUAUGAGAUUUGGCUUGCUGACGUGAGUGUUGGAUGUGCAAAACUAUCACAAUCUACGAAGAUUGAUAAAAAUGGUAUUAGUUACUUCGAAAUUCCAAUCACCUUCAGGCCCAAGGAAUUUGGCUCUGCUCUUUGGGACAUGAUUAGAGGAAAAGGUACUGGUUACUCCAUGAAAGGAAACAUUGACGUGGAUACGCCCUUUGGAGCAAUGAAGUUGCCAAUCAGCAAGGAGGGUGGUACAACCAGUCUUAAGAAGGAUGGAGAUGACAAUGACGAUGAGGUUUGUUGACUCUCCAGCUUUUUAAUGAACCUUGUUACUUUCAUUUAGUUCUACCUAAUGCUUUAUCUAACUGUCGUCAAAAUUUCUAAUAAUUUUGCAACCUAAUGCUUUAUCUAACUGUCUUCAAAAUUUGUAAUAAUUUCGCAGGUGAACUGUUAAUACUAAUACUUCUUGUUUGUCUCCGUCAAAAUGUUUCAUCCUUUGUAUGCUCACACAACAAGUAACAUGCUGCUUUUGUAUCAUAUUCUGCAUUUUCUCUACAUUAGAAAAUAGGUCAAUGGCUUAUUGUACUUCUUUGGCAAUGUAACUGCUAUUGAGCUAAUUGGAUAGUUUCUGACAGACUCAUUUUCUUUUACCUAAGCAGGAUUUAUAGUUGGGAGGUUUUAGUUUUACUAUGUAGAAAUGUACAACUAAAAUUUCAUGCGGUGGAGAGUUAACAGGGCCGGCCCUAGGCACAGGCCCACAAGGCCACCGCCUAGGGCCCCCCAACUUAUAGGUAAUUAUGUAUAAUAUGUAAGGCUUUCUGUAGAAACCGCGUUAUGGUUCAGUGGUAAGAAUGUUGCCUUUCUUUCCUCAAAGUCAAGUUGCAAUAUUUGUCUCUCUGAAAGAGUUUUCAUAUCAGGCGCUACUAGUUAACAGUUUUAAAUUCUACACGGGUUCACAAUACUUAUGAUUUACUAAGGAUAAGGAGUAUGGACUCCGUACGCAUGACGCUUGUUUGACCAUUGAGACAAAAUGGGAUAUUCAGAUGCAACUUUUUUGAGUGCUUUAAGUUUAAUAUACCAGCAAGAUAACAAAUGCACACCCAACGUGUAUACCUGAUGUUUAAAACUUUAGUACUUAGUAAAUUCUGAUUUCGGGGGGAAAAAAAACAGGAACCUAAUCGUGCAAGAUAUCCAGUUUGUUCCAAGUGACUGGUAAGGAACCUUUAACACCUAUCAAUGUGGAAUAGAAAUGCAACGAUCGAUCCCUCAUCUCCUGUGUUUAAUCAGUCUCUAAAUCACAAAUCCGAUAUCGAUUCUGAUAUUGAUUUAUCAAUUGCAUGUCCUGUAUUCUCCUGCACUACCUUAUUCUUUUGAGUGUGAUAUAUUACUAGCAGUGGCGGACCUAAGAAUUUGACAUAACGGGGGCACCAAUUUUUUUUGUAACAGUAAUAUAUAAACAAAAAACCAUACAUGAGAGCAUGGGGCAAUCUCGAAGCCACCACCUCUUGUUUAGAAAGAGAGCAUUUUACCAUUGCACCAACAAACAACUACUUUACAUA